AUGUCAACCGCAGUUCAGGAACCCCCAACUCCAGCUCAUACAAUUCCAUCGAACCCUACAGAAUCAUACACUUCUAGCAGUCUCCUCACGGGAGCAGAUGUCCGCGAAGCGUCUCGCAAUGGUUCCUACACAAAGUCCACAUCAGGUCUGGCCAAAACCUACAUCCAGGCAAAUCUGAUUAUUCUCCCCUCACGCUACGCAUCAGACUUCCGACUUCUCUGCGCUCGGAACCCAGUCCCAUGUCCACUUAUCGCCGAGUCGGAGAGCGUUGGGAAAUGGGAUGCCGUGAAAUCCUGGCUUACUGGUCUUGAAGGAACCGACGUUCUGUCUGCACAUGACAUUCGCCAAGAUGUGCCGAAGUACAUGGUGUAUAAAGACAGCAAACUCGUCAAGUCACACUGUAGUGAUAUUGUGGAGGAGUGGACUGAAGACCAUGUUGCGUUCCUUAUCGGGUGCUCAUACAGUUUUGAAUCUGCGCUUUCGGAGGCAGGUCUGCCCCCUCGAAAUACCACCUCCGACACGAUUGUGCCAAUCUAUCGGACGAAUAUCCCUCUAUGCCCAGCGGGUGUGUUUACAGGAGGUACAUACAUUGCGUCGAUGAGACCCUACAAGCGAAGUGAAAUUGAGAAAGUGAGAGAUAUUACACGGGCUUUUUCAGUCACUCAUGGCGAGCCGGUUGCGUGGGGAUGGGAUGCGGUGGAGAGGCUGGGGAUUAAGGAUAUUGAUAAGCCUGACUGGGGGAGCUCGCCAGUCUCUACGGAUGGGAGUAGAUUCGGGGCUUUUCAUGGAGAUGAGGAGAAUGUUCCGGUGUUUUGGGGAUGUGGUGUCACUCCGCAAGAGGCUGUCAUGAUGGCGGGACUUGAGGGGACGAUCAUGGGACAUGCGCCUGGCUACAUGUUGGUUUUGGAUUGUCGUGAUUGGGAUAUUGUAUCAAAAGCAUGA